CAAGCCUCUGUCUACGACGAUCUUCCCAAAAGGUCGCUAUCCACUUGCGAUUGCCGUGUUCGUUAAUCCGGCAUUCAUCCAGGGUUCGUCUCUUUAGAAUGCUCUUGUAGGGCCGCUCUGUUUGCUUAGGUCGAGAGCUUCGCUACCUUCGUUUUGAUGUUGCUUUCCUCGGAUCCCCCGCGACGCACUCGGAGCUGAUCGUGCCCCGCGAUCCGCUCUUCAAUCUCACUGGCCUCUAUUUAAUCAUCACUUGCGUAUGCAGGAGGGUCAAAGCCCUCUGCUUGAGCACCCGGAGUCUACUUUGAAGGGAGUAGAGUCUGAAGCAGAGAGGGUCACUGUGCCGUCCCAGGCUGCAGGCUACAGAGGAAAUACUCUGUGGUGGAGUUGGUGUAAUUGCCGAUCUUCUUAAUUUGUCGACACUUUUCAGCCAGAGAGAGAGAGAGAGGCUGGGAGUUUUCUUCGUGGAAGAAUAUUUGGAAUUUUGCAGGAGCUGUUGUAGAUCAGCAGUAAUCUGCAAAUUUUCGGAACGGUGGGAGCAGCUGGAGGCCGGAGUUUACGAGGUCGUUGGCAAGCGGUCUAGGAAGGGUGCUUAUCCCCUCAUUGUGUCAUUAUCAAUCGAGCAAGAAUGGCUCUCAAGGCGAACAUGACACCCCAGCUUGCGGUCUUCGCUUCUCUUCCCUCUACAUUGAUUUCUUCGGGGAGCCGAUCCAUGAAGAUGAUGCCAUUGGGAGGCUUGAGGAAGCCAUUGCGGUGCACACGGCGUCGGAGGGCUGGUAUAGCGAGAGCAUCUGACAUGGCUGAGCCCGAGUCAGCUGGAGCUGGUGGCUCUAAUGUAGUGGACUCCAACAUGAUGGUCCUGCGCAAGCGCAUCCAGCACAUCCGCAUCCAAGAGUCGAUCUACGACACGCCCGCGGACUGGUCGGAGUGGGAGCGCAAUGCAUACUCCAGCUACCGUGCCGACGUCUGCCUCUUGCUCAGCACUAUGCAAAGCCAGCUGCUGACGAUGCGCCCGGGCAUGGCCCUGUCCAUCGUAUCAAUCCUCAUGGCUGUCCUUCCUGUCAUGUCCAUCUUAUUCGUCUCCGCUGUGGGCACGCAGCUGUGGUCACUCCACUGCUCUUUGCUAGAAUUGGGCGCUACGCUUCACCAACUGAACUGACAUACUAACCUUCUGUAAUUCAUCUAUACAUGGAGAGUAGGGACCGUCACCCAUCACUUGUUUAUAAGACUCCCUUCUGUCUCUCAUACUUAUCAAAUCUAUUUUAGAGUAGUACCCUGAGCGAAGUUUCCAGGGGUAGCAGAUUGUGACGAAUGACACUUUGAGAGGACACCAAUUGGUGUCGAGGUGGGUGUAUAUUUAUAUAUUAAUUCGGACGAGCACGGAUGUGUCUGAAUAUGCCCCUGCAGAGGGCACCAGCGUCUGCAGGUGUGUAGUAUGUAAGCAUCGGUCACUGGGGCUCACGAGAUGAUCGAAGACACCGCAUUACAGAUGACUUCGGCGGUUUGUCUGCGGGAGCUUCGUAUCUUGUCAGAACUCCUGAGAUGCACAAAUUUGACGUAGAAUCAUAGAGGAAAUAGAAUAGGGAGCUCCCGUGAAAUCAUGCACAUGCAAUGCUGGGAAGUUAUAACCACCCAUCACUUACUUGAUAUCUAGCCUACCUAUGAGGGACCAAGGCGUGUUUGCAU